AUGUCGCAUUCCAAUCGACGCUCCGGACAUUCACGACGGCAGCAGUCUGUCGACUUUCCCCGCUACCCUCCCAUGUCACAGUCACAGUCGCAGUCACAGUCGCAGCAGCCAGUAUACGCACCCGCGUCCGCAGCUGAAGCCACCACACCUCCGCUUGCACCGGUCCCUCCAGUCGCUCCGAUGCCUGCUCCGAUGCCUGUCGUGGUCUCAGACUACGAAUCGGACAAUCAAGGCUAUCAAUCAGACUAUCCUACCAAGCCGCCCCCGCCCGGUCGUACCAACGAGGAGCUGAACCUCGCUGUCCUCAAAAGACACAACCCGCAGAUAAAGUCCAUCCUCUCGAUAGCUCCGUAUGCGGUGGUCUAUGAGUUUUCUCCGUUGCCACAGCCGGAAUGGACCAAAACGGGUGUCGAGGGCUCGCUGUUCAUUUGCGAGCUCACGCCCGGACCAUACGGCGAAGACAGGUACUCAACAAUCGUACUGAACCGACGGGGACUGGACAACUUCGAGGCCGAACUGAGGGAAGGUGAAAAUGCCGGGGUUGAGAUAACAGGUGAAUAUGUCAUCAUCAGUUUCAAAGAAGGCCAUGAACAGAAGAUCUAUGGUGUCUACAUAUUCCAUGAUGGCCCCGGAACCUCGACCGAAAAUGCCAUGCAGUUGAAUGGCGAGCUCAUGAAGUCUCUCGCCGACCAUGCCGGCGCCAGCCGUCAAGCUGCUGAGGCCGCUGCAUCUGCGGCCACCGCCAAACAUACAAAUGGGCACAUUCAGCAAGCAGGGGAGACGUUGAACAAUUAUCAGGCGAAUGCACCUAGCGCGGGCCAACAGAUCACUCUACAACAGCUCUUCGGUCAGCAAAGGGCGAAUGACGCCGCUUUCAGCGUGAGAGGGCAUGAAUACGACGGUCAUAUUCAACAGCCUCCGCAGUCAAUGAUCAACCAGCAACAGCCUGAUAUUCUCGGCGACCUCUUUAGGAGAGCGGGUCUUGGGACGCGAUAG